AUGUCUGGUCGUGGUAAAGGUGGUAAGGGCCUCGGGAAAGGGGGUGCUAAGCGCCACCGCAAGGUUCUGCGCGACAAUAUUCAGGGUAUUACCAAACCCGCUAUUCGUCGUCUGGCUCGUCGUGGUGGCGUAAAGCGUAUUUCCGGUCUCAUCUAUGAAGAGACCCGGGGGGUGCUGAAGGUGUUUCUGGAAAAUGUGAUCCGGGACGCUGUCACCUACACGGAGCACGCCAAGCGCAAAACUGUCACCGCCAUGGAUGUGGUCUACGCGCUUAAGCGCCAGGGACGUACCCUUUACGGCUUCGGCGGUUAA